AUGUCGAGCCAGCCGCCAGGCACUUUUCUCCCCAACACCAAGGUAACGGUCGGCAGCCACAAGGUCUACAUCGAGAAAUACCUAUCUGAAGGCGGAUUUGCGCACGUUUACGUGGUCCGUGUGCCGCGCGAGAACAAUAAGCAUGAUGUCGCCGUCCUCAAGCGGGUUGCCGUGCCCGACAAGGAGCACUUGGCCAACAUGCGCACCGAAGUGGAGACCAUGAAGAAGCUGAAGGGACACAAGCACAUUGUCACCUACAUCGACAGUCACGCCAGCCAGCUGAAAGGAGGCGGAUACGAGGUCUUCCUCCUCAUGGAGUUCUGCAAUGGAAGUGGUCUGAUUGACUUCAUGAACACCCGACUGCAGCAUCGCUUGACCGAGCCCGAGAUCCUCAAAAUUUUUGGAGACUGCGCAGAGGGUGUGGCGUGCAUGCAUUAUCUCAAGCCGCCAUUACUCCACCGUGAUCUCAAGGUGGAGAACGUCCUCAUUUCCAAGUCGAGCAGCGGCACGCCUCUCUACAAGAUCUGUGACUUUGGGAGUGCUGCACCGCCUCGGCCAGCCGCGAAGACAGUGGAGGAGGGCAGGCUGAUUGAAGAGGAUGUACAGAAGCACACCACAAUGCAGUAUCGGAGCCCUGAAAUGAUCGAUGUGUGGAGAAAGCAGCCAAUAGAUGAAAAGGCGGACAUUUGGGCACUGGGCGUGCUGCUGUAUAAACUGUGCUACUACACCACACCUUUCGAAGACGUAGGGCAGAUGGCUAUCUUGAACGCAAGCUUCAAGUAUCCCAGCUACCCUGCGUUCUCGGACCGUCUUAAAAAGCUGAUUGCAUGGAUGUUGAAGGAGGAUCCAAAGGACAGGCCCAACAUAUAUCAAGUGGUCAAGGAGGUUUGCAGCAUGCGCGGGACACCCGUACCGAUCAAGGACAUCUACGCCAACAGGACGCAAUCGGAGGCACGCAGGAACGAAGCCUUGCCAUCUGCGGAGGACAUGUCUUCGGCACCCAUCGGAUUGCAGAAGACCACGCCGCAGGUUCAGGUCCAGGCUCUGCCUGAUAUCGCACCUAUGCGUCGUGGAAGACCAACAGCACCGACUUCGCAAGCUCCCACCGCUGCUAAGCCAGCGCCUUCACCCUCACGAGGGGAUCCAUUUGCUGCAUUGGACUCAAAGAACUAUGAUAUCCGAGCUGGCGCCGUGGAUGAGCUCUCCAAGCGGUUCCCAUCCUUGGACGAAUUCUCCAUAGCUCAUGAGGGUGGAAAGUUCCCAUUCUCCACAACUGAUCCUCCGCUUGCUUCUCCACCACCGAAUGCGACUCCGGAGCCUCGCGAGUCCAUCAGUGAGCGCGUGAGCCAAGCUUUGGCGGAUGAAGUAUUUGCGUCCAAGUCUCCGCCUGCAGCUGCAACAUCCAGGCCAAAGCCACAGGAAGUCCAUCAACCUCAAUCCAGAACGAGGUCACCUCCAAAGCCUACAACCGCUACCGUUCGAGACUUGAAACAGAACUUUGGACAGCAGCCUACGGUUCAUCAACCUUUACCUGUACGGCCGAGUGUGCAGUACAAAUCAACAGCAACCGGUAGCUCUCCUCCGCUCAUUUCUCCAAAGAAGCUCCCAGAGGUAAGCAAUCGGCGUAUCUGGCGUGUACCAGAUCAGAGUCGAUCAGAUUCGCAGCCGCGCCCAACAGAAGCCGCGCAAGCUGCUGCUUCUUCGCUGCAGCCUAGCUUACCGCCUUCGCACCGGCCGGCUCUUCAAAAUGCUCACCGAUCGAAGUCACACAUUGCUACACUCGGCGUAUCUCAGGCGUCGACUUCGUCACGUCCAUCGUUGGAGGGAGGUAGGCCAUCUGCAAACGAUGUCGGAAAUGCUAGCAUCUCGCGAACCAAGUCCCUCAACAAUCGUUCGAGGCCGGCAAGCAUGUACGUCAGUUCAAAUAUGGACUUUCUACGGGAUCAGGAGCAGUCGCGAAAGCGACCGUCCAUGGAGAUCCGACGGCCGAGCCGGCAACCAUCACAAGGAAGAGAGCCAGAGCCUGAAGACAACCCCAUUACCGAUGACAUCGACUUUCUCAGGAGGACGGAAGAGAGCGAUGUUGAUCGACGGAAAUCCAUGAAGGAAGCAAUGAAGAUCCAUGGCAGCCAUCACAGAAAAAGAUCCAGCCUCGAUGCACUCAGGUCCGGUGCCAAAGGAAUGCUUAGCGGACGCUUUGGCGACGCAUUCAAACGCUUUGAGCAGAAUCAGCCCGAUGAGGGCAGGCAUUUGGACACUGGUUUGCUGACGCCUGAAGCACGCGACCAUGAUGAUGAGCCUCAGCUGCUUUCUCCCAUAAGCGGAUCUGAAGCAACGCUGAGUAGACAUUCCGAGGGAGAAUCGGCCAUAGACGAGACCGAAGACUUGCCUCCUGACGUUAGGCGAGAGUUGGAGCGCCGAAGACUAAGUCAAGAAGAGAAGAGGGUUGCGGAUGCUGCGGCAGCGUAUCGCGCUCGUGUCGCUACACAAGGGACAGGCAGUGUGCAAGCUCCUACAAGAGCGAGCACAAUUCAGAGACGAGUCCAGUCCUUGCUAGAUGAGGGUAGGCAAUCGCCGCAGCCCAAAAAGACCGCGGAAGACUACGGGAAGAAUACCGAUUUACAAGACGAAGAGGCCAGACCCGUAACACUAUCGACUGCUCCGGCCACCAGCGGGAACCGACCUCCGGUGCUUGCGCGAAAGCCAAUGAUGAACAUGGAGAUGUCAAACAAUCCAUAUCCAAAGACGAGGCCGCAACGACCCGAGUCACCGGCGGCCAACAUGCCGCCCCCUGCUUCCGUACCUUCAGAUGCGGCUCCUCUGCAGCGAGUUACAUCUCGACUCGGGCCAAGUGCGCCUCCGAAACCGAAGGCUCUGAGAACUGGAGGGAAUCCGUGGCCGCCUCCACAGUCGCCAAAUACGGACAACCCCCAACCUAAGCCCGCAGGAUUGGCUGCACUCCUUGCGAAGGAUCUGGAAGGCGUCCCGGACUACCCUCCUCGUGACAGCAGCAACCGAGUCGUCUCUCGAGAGGAUGAUCUGGACAGCUUCAGCAAGCGGUACCCCAGCUUGAGUGGGAUUGAAAUGGUUGAGACGGAGAUCAAUGGACGACGAUGA